UUUCUGCCGGCCCAACGUUUAUUUCCCAUAUUUUCCGAUCAAAAAAAAACCUACAAUUCCAUCAAUUACAAAACAAUUUCAAUUAUAAAAAUAAAAUCCAUAAUGACCGAAGAAAAAAUCGAAGUUCGCGAUGUAACUCGCAUCGAACGAAUUGGCGCCCACUCUCACAUCCGUGGACUCGGUCUGGAUGACGUCCUCGAAGCCCGUGCCGUCUCACAAGGUAUGGUUGGUCAAAAAGACGCCCGCCGAGCGGCCGGCGUUGUCGUUCAAAUGGUUCGUGAAGGUAAAAUUGCCGGCCGUUGUAUUUUACUUGCCGGAGAACCAAGUACCGGCAAAACUGCCAUUGCCGUUGGAAUGGCACAAGCUUUGGGUACAGAAACUCCAUUUACUAGCAUGUCAGGCUCUGAGAUAUAUUCUUUAGAAAUGAGUAAAACAGAAGCAUUGUCACAAGCUUUAAGAAAAAGUAUUGGCGUACGAAUUAAAGAAGAAACUGAAAUAAUUGAAGGGGAAGUUGUUGAGAUACAAAUUGAUCGUCCCGCUACGGGAACUGGUCAAAAGAUAGGCAAGGUCACUCUGAAAACAACAGAGAUGGAAACUAAUUAUGAUUUGGGUAAUAAAAUCAUUGAAUGUUUUAUGAAAGAGAAAAUACAAGCUGGCGAUGUUAUAACCAUUGACAAAGCUUCUGGAAAGGUUUCCAAACUGGGAAGAAGCUUUACUCGGGCUCGGGACUAUGACGCCACUGGCGCACAAACUCGAUUUGUUCAGUGUCCCGAGGGCGAGCUUCAGAAGCGUAAAGAAGUUGUCCAUACGGUGACUUUGCAUGAAAUUGAUGUCAUUAAUUCGAGGACACAUGGAUUUCUUGCUCUUUUCUCAGGAGACACUGGAGAGAUUAAGCAAGAAAUUCGUGACCAGAUUAAUAAUAAAGUCAUGGAAUGGCGUGAAGAGGGUAAAGCUGAGAUUAAUCCGGGGGUUCUUUUUAUCGACGAAGUCCACAUGUUGGAUAUUGAAUGCUUUUCUUAUUUGAAUCGAGCUUUGGAGAGUGAUAUGGCUCCGGUGGUUAUAAUGGCCACUAAUCGGGGAAUCACCCGCAUCCGGGGAACCAAUUACCGAAGUCCCCAUGGAAUUCCAAUCGACUUACUCGAUAGAAUGAUAAUUAUCCGCACUGUUCAAUAUUCCGAAAAAGAAAUCAAAGAGAUUUUACGAAUUCGAUGUGAGGAAGAAGAUUGUUUAAUGCACCCGGAUGCAUUGACAAUACUCACUCGAAUUGCAAUUGAUACAAGUUUGAGAUAUGCUAUACAACUUAUUACAACGGCUAAUUUGGUUUGUAGACGUCGCAAGGCAACAGAAGUUACUACAAUGGAUGUUAAGAAAGUUUAUUCAUUGUUUUUGGAUGAACAUCGAUCGAGUCAGAUAUUAAAGGAAUAUCAGGAUGAGUAUAUGUUUAAUGAGAUUGCUGAGGAGCCGAAAACGGAGCCGGUUGCGACUACUGGCAAUGCUCAGCCGAUGGAUUGUGGGGAUUAUUAGAGACCCUUUUUUCGAGAGGGAUUCCUUAGUUUGUAGUUUCUGUUUCUUAAACAAUAAAUAAAAUAAGAUUCUUUUUUUUUCUGAAA